UCUAUUGGCUCGACCCGGUGUCACUCCAAAGUGAGAGUCUCUAAUCUGUACUCUCACUGAGCAUAGCAGAAAGUGAAAAUGCUCUGAAGAAGCAGCUGCUCGAGCUGUCGGGAUGAAUACAGUCGAUUAGAAGCUUUGCAGACACCUUUAAAUCUCACCCUCUAGUCUUUAUAAAACACACCAAAGAGUUUCCAGCUGGGUUCCUUGUUGUCUGCCAGCCUUUGCUCAGUGGUAUACCCAUGCCUCCAGCUUCCCUCGAUGACAUAUUUGUGGUACCGUUCCAAUUCUAUCUGGACACAACCUACCUGGAAGCCACCGUGGGUGCCAUUGUGGUGGAGAUCCAGGUGACCAACCUCACUUAUAUGCCCUCAUCCAGCAGCUCCAACCGUUCCCUGACGUGUGGAUGCAACAGUGCCAGCUGCUGCACUGUGACCACUUACGAGAAAGACAGCCAGCCCCAGACCCUGAACCAAACUCCGAGCCAGGUCAGUACAAGUAGCCCCAACUUGAACUCCAGCGUCAACCAUGGAGGUUUCUCCAGAGCAACGGUGGGCCAGAGUGAAACCUACAGUGCGCCCAGUCUCACAUCCAGCACACCCAGACGUGCUGUGCGCAUCAUCCACCCGAGUGAGCUCGCUCAGAAGAUGACAUAUUGCCCCACGGGUCAUCCAGUGGGGCCUCAGCCAAUGAUAAUAGACUGUAGGCCCUUUACAGACUACAACAAGAGCCAUAUCCGAGGUGCUGUGCAUAUCAACUGCUCAGACAAGAUCAGCCGCCGGCGCCUGCAGCAGGGCAAGAUCACUGUGCUAGAUCUCAUUUCCUCCCGCCAGAGCAAAGACUCCUUUAGGGGAAUUUUUUCAAAAGAGAUCAUCAUUUAUGAUGAGAGGACAUUGGACCCGGCACGACUGUCCUCCUCUCAACCUUUGCAUGUAGUUCUGGAGUCUCUACACAGGGAUGGAACUGAUCCAAUUGUUCUCCGAGGUGGUAUUUCCAGUUUCAGGCAUGACUAUGAGGACUUAUGUGAGAGCUCCCUACACCUUCAGGAGAGUCAGGAUGCUGGUGCAGCUGUUGCCCUGUCUGGGGCGCUACCUCCCUUGCUGCCCUCCAGCCCUGACAUUGAGAAUGCUGAAAUGACAACUGUUCUGCCCUUUUUGUACCUGGGCAACGAGCGUGAUGCACAGGACCUUGACCAAAUGCAACGGUUAAACAUUGGAUACAUUCUCAAUGUUACAACGCACCUACCGCUCUACCUUUAUGACCUAGGGAUGUUCAAGUACAAACGCUUACCCGCCACCGACAGCAAUAAGCAGAACCUACGGCAGUACUUUGAAGAAGCGUUUGAAUUUAUAGAAGAAGCUCAUCAGGCAGGUAAGGGACUGCUCAUUCACUGCCAGGCUGGUGUGUCACGGUCUGCCACGAUUGUCAUUGCUUACCUGAUGAAACACACUUGGAUGACGAUGACGGACGCCUACAAGUUUGUCAAGAUGCGAAGACCUAUCAUCUCGCCCAACCUCAACUUCAUGGGUCAGCUCCUUGAGUUCGAAGAAGAUCUCAACAACGGCGUCACUCCUCGCAUACUCACGCCUAAGCUUGUUGGAUUAGAAACUAUUGUGUAAGCUGUAUGACUAUAUUUUUUUUUUCUUAAAAAACAUGUUUUUUCCCCACCAGAACACCGUCUGUGCAUGCCUCAGAGAAGCAAGCUUUUUUUCAACUUUAGCAUGGAUUUUGUAAUAUGCACAUGUCUUCUCGAGUCUCUGAAAAUGCUUGUCGGAAAACACAAAAGAUUUUUGUUUGGUGUGUUUGUUGUUGUACUAUUUUUAUACCAGCGUUGACCGUGACAAGCCUUGAGUGGCUACACUGUGCAAUACUUUGCAAAGGCAGUUCAUCUGGAUCUGAACACCAGGUCGAGGUGAACACCUUGCCAGUCUCUGUUAAAAGUUCUAUAUAUUUUUAAAAACAUGAGUCCUGUCUUCAGCUGAAUGUAAAGCCAAUGUCCUUGGCAUGAACAUAUAAAAUACGUUUUUAUUUUUUAAAAGAAAGAUUUUUUUUUCUUCUCUGGAUAUAAUACCAAAUACUUUAUCUUUGACAAAAUCUAAAAGGUUCUGUGUAUGUCUCCUUGGCACUUCUACUAAGGUUAUUUCUGUAUUUUCUAAUGCCAUAAAUAUGCCCAAACAUGACAUCUAUGCUGCAUGUCCGCCUAAGAUGUAAAUAUAUUAUAUUCAACUAUAAUCCUCUUACUGUUAUACAAUAUUUACCAUAUACUGUGGUUUUGAAUUACACUGUGACUUUGCUCAAUACUUCUGAUAUCACCAUUUCCCAUUUUUAUGUGAAGGUUAGCAAACAACCAAAAGCUUAUGGUGUGCAUUUCCAUCUUCUUUUCUAUUAACAUAUAAUCACAAAUAAGCAGAUUAAAAACUCUUAUGCUGAGAAUAUUUAUUCUGACCGCCUAUAAGCUUAUAAGCAUGCUCCCAGAACCACUCGUGCACAAUCUCAGUCCUGGAAUAUACCUGAGCCACCACAAGAAAAACUCCAUUAGUGAGCUAUUCUGGUCAUUCAUACAUUCAGGUCGUCAGCUCACUUCUUUUUAUUGCCACAAAACAUUGCUGAGCCUAGGCCUGACCAGUUCAAGCAACUGCCUCCAAAGGCUUGUGCAGUGGCCACUAUGCAUGAUGGGUGCAUCCCUUCUAAUGCACCCUUCUUACCCUGAGGUGCCCAUCACUCUUGAAUAGGGUCAAUCUGGACCUAUCCGACCACAUGACCUUUUCAUUGCUCUAAAGUCCAAUCUUUAUGGUCCCUAGCAAAUGCAAGCCUUUUUUCUGGUUAGUCUCACUAACAAGUGGUUUUCUCAUGGCCACACAUGGGAUGUUGAGUCCCAAUCCUGAGAGUACUCGUCACAUUGUGUGUGGAAAUGCUUUUACUUUCACUAUUAAAUGUAGGUCUGAUCUCUAAUGGGCAUUUUUUUUUUUACCAUGUAACUUCACCAAACAUUUAAGUGAUCUCUGAUCAUGCUCAUUUAUCAUUUAUUUAUGACCAUAUUUUGUCCAUGAUGUUGAUGGCUAAGCAGAUUUUUUGGACAUGUUUUGGACAGUUCUUAACUCAAUUCUGGUCAUUUUAUCGUUUUCUUGUUUGAUGCAGGACAAUAAUUUGCUGACUUGUAAGUCUGUUUCUUGCAUGUAUACGGGAUACCUUAGUUAAGUUAUUCACUUUACCACCUUUACUUGUAUACAUUUAUUUCUCGCAAACAUUUAUGUACGGUCAAAUGAAUAUGGAGUGUUUAUCAGGGUUCACGGUUUUAUACACAGAGUUGCACACAGUUAAAAAAUAUGUAUAUUUAUGAGUGUCCCCAAAAGAAAGGGCAAAAUAUGUAUUACGCGUGCCUCUAGUGUGAUGUACAAGAUCAAUUUGUCUCUUUCUGUCUAUGCAUUACAUUAGGUGUGAUCUUUAAAGUGUGUGUCCUCACUGGCUUGACAAAAGGUGCUAUAUUAAUGGAGGCCUUCUAAACCUUGUUUGUGAUAUGCUCCGGUACAGUAUCAAGGUUAAAACUAGUUUUAUUUAUUAUUAUGGCUACAAAUGUUAUUAAAAGACUUUCUCUUAUAUGAUUAAAAAAU